UCUUCAAUUGUCAAAAUGGAAAACGCAGACACAAAACAAAACACAGACAGACUCACCAAUAUUUUAUAAUAUAAAAUAAUAAUAAUAAUGAUAAGAAAAACCCAACAGUAUCACACUAAGCUAACAGAGUUAGUGAUACAAAACCUCCAUUGAAGGACAAGAAGCUCGAUCAAACUUCACUGAAACAUAGAUAAUAGAUGAAAGGCAAAGCUAAGACCCCCAAAACCAAGUUUGGCCCUCCCACCAUCUUCCUCCUCUGUUUUCUCUUCUUCCUUACUGGUUUCUUUCUCUCUAAUCUCCUCUAUCAGGAUGUUCCUAGUGUACGGCUACCCAGUUCGAGAAUUCUUAAAUCGGUUGGGGAGAAUCAAGAGCCGAUGCCCCAUGGCCACACUGGAGAGAGUUCUAUUCAAGUGAUUCCAUUCCAGAUCUUAAGCUGGAAACCUAGAGCUCUUUACUUUCCAGGAUUUGCAACCGCAGAACAAUGCCAAAAGAUAAUUGAGAUUGCAAAAGUUAAUCUUAAGCCUUCUACCUUGGCUUUGCGGAAGGGGGAAACUGAUGAAAGCACAAAGGGAACUAGGACAAGUUCAGGCACCUUUAUUAGUGCAUCUGAAGACAAAUCAGGAAUCUUGGGUGAUAUUGAAGAAAAGAUUGCUAGGGUUACAAUGAUACCAACAACACAUGGAGAGGCUUUCAAUAUUUUGCGGUAUGAGAUUGGCCAGAAGUAUGAUUCUCACUAUGACGCUUUCAACCCUGCAGAAUAUGGCCCGCAAAAGAGCCAAAGGGUUGCUUCCUUUUUAUUGUACUUAACCGAUGUAGAAGAGGGUGGAGAGACCAUGUUUCCUUUUGAAAAUGGCGUAGAUAUCAGUUUUGGGUUUGAUUACAAAAAGUGCAUUGGUUUGAAAGUGAUGCCCAGACGGGGCGAUGGCUUACUGUUUUAUUCAGUGUUUCCAAAUGGCACAAUUGAUCAGUUGUCUCUCCAUGGAAGUUGUCCAGUGAUCAAGGGGGAGAAAUGGGUUGCAACCAAGUGGAUUAGAGAUGAAGAAGAGGACUGAUUUUAUUUUUGACCUCGAUUCAAUCCCACCUAUUGUAGUAUCCUCAAUUUUGAAAUUUUGGAAUGUCUUCCGUUGUGGAACAAGUGGUUAUUUUCACAUUUAGACUCUAUUGAAUAAAUAAAUGAACCACUGUUCUUCGAAA